GUAAUUGGAGGCUUUAUAUGCGGAGAGCUGGGCGCUGGGGGAUCGCAGCGUUUGCCUGUGGGCUGUCAGCUCGCGCACAAGAUACUAGAAAGAGACACGAAGACACGCACACACAUACACAGACACGCACACGCGCACACACAAAGCGAUCUCUGCACAGGCGCUGUGUGCCGCUGCACCGAUUGCACAACGAAGAGAUCCAGAGCUUCGUGGGGAUGCACCCGACUCUCUGCUACGCUUGUACAAUGAGACUCUCAGAAGGUAACUUCUACAUUCCUCAACUCAGAAGCUAAUCUGCCCAAAAUUCCGACAUACGCUGUCCUGUUGGUUUUAUCCUGCUCUCCUCUCUCUUCUCUUCAAGAAGUAUGGAGCAGCUGCCAAAAUUUGUUUAUCUCAACAACAGUGGCCAGUGGAACAAUGUUCCUGCAUGGGAUGAGAUAUUAAAAGAUGACUUUUGUGGCUCGUCUGUGGGAGGGACUACCUUCUUGAUUGUCGCCUACAGUGCAGUGAUUGCUGUGGGUCUUCUAGGCAAUACCUGCUUGGUGUUUGUCAUUUCUCGUCAGAAGGAGAUGCAAAAUGUCACCAACGUUCUCAUCGCCAACCUCUCUUGCUCUGAUAUUCUCAUGUGUAUAGUGUGCCUGCCGGUCACAGUGAUAUACACUCUUAUGGACCGAUGGAUCUUGGGUGAGGCUCUGUGCAAAGUUACUCCCUUCAUUCAGUGCAUGUCAGUGACUGUCUCCAUUAUUUCUCUAGUCCUUAUUGCCCUUGAGAGACACCAGCUUAUCAUUCAUCCCACAGGCUGGAAGCCAGUGGUGGGCCACUCCUACCUAGCAGUGGCUGUUACGUGGAUGGUGGGUUGCUUUAUUUCUUUACCUUUUCUGUCCUUUAACAUCCUCACAGAUGUCCCAUUUCAGAAUCUCAGUCUUCCCUUCGAUCCCUUCACUGAUCACUUUGUGUGCAUGGAGAAGUGGCCCUCAGAGAAACACCGUCUUGCUUAUGCAACUUGCCUGCUUCUCUUCCAGUACUGUCUGCCUCUUUUUCUUGUCCUGCUGUGUUAUCUUCGCAUAUUUCUUAGGCUUAGAAGGAGGAAGGACAUGGUUGACCGUGCAAGGGAUGGAAGCCAGAAAUCUGGUAGGAACAGCUACAGGGUCAAUGUAAUGUUAGCAUCAAUUGUUGCAGCAUUUGCUAUCUGUUGGCUGCCACUCAACGUCUUCAACACCCUCUUUGAUUGGAACUACCAAGCAAUCCCUCCCUGCCAGCACAACCUGAUCUUCUCAGUGUGCCACCUAACCGCCAUGGCAUCCACUUGCAUAAACCCCAUCAUCUAUGGGUUUCUUAAUAGCAACUUUCAGAAGGAGGUGAAGUCAAUUCUGUAUCGUUGUCGCUGUGGAGGCACCCCUGAGAGCUACGAGAACUUCCCACUGUCCACUGUUAGCACAGAGAUCUCCAAAGCUUCCUCCCUCAGAAAUGGAUCAGUCAGUCUUAACGCUUGAACGGAAGAAGAGUGUGCCUUGAAAUGUCCGGGGUCUGCUUAUUAUUGCAGGAUCCCCGCUAAUGCAUCCUCACUGCUAUAUUCAGACUCUCUUGCCAUUUAAAUAAUGUUCAAGCCCAUUGUUAAGCCAAUGAAUGAAAUUCCAUGGACAACCGACUGGCUGUUUGACCAUGGAUUCUUGUACCUGAUUCUGUAUUUGUUCAGUAAUACAACCCAAUAUCGGUGAAUCAAUAAAGA